CCUUAACUUUCCCUCGAGUUAAUCACUUCCCACUCAAAACAGCUUAUCUGCGAUUUUUUCUCCGCUUAUUUCCACUUCUCUUCUCUCAAGCACAAAUUGUGAAUUUUUUUGUCUUCAUCCAUCAAACUCAGUUCACCGUUGUUACUCCCCCAAUAUCUCAAACCGGGUCUCGGCCAUCCUCUCCGAGAACCACGUCUCUGUCUCAGACGGUGACGACGGUUACUCUCCUUCUUGCUGCUUAGUCACAUAUCUCAACAAGGGUGAAGGAGGAUUAGAGACCUUACUUAGUGGUGCAUAAGUGGUUAUAGAAUAGAAUCCAGGGGACUGUUGAAGUCUCUGAAAUUUGUUUUAAAGAAGAAAGCGCUAUUUUUGCAACUUUGUUAUAGCAACUUCACUUGAGGUCUUUUGACUCCGAGUAUCUCUGUGACAAGCUCCUUGGUGGCCUUACUCAGGUUGUCUAUUGGGUUUUACGAUGAUGGAUGACCCAUUUGAAUCUUCGGUGAAUUUGGAGGAGUUACAUUUGAAGGAAGGCUACGACGAAGGUUACAGUGACGGCCUCAUUUCUGGCAGGGACGAGGGGAAACAGGUUGGGCUGAAGGUCGGUUUUGAGGUCGGCGAGGAACUCGGAUUCUACAGCGGCUGCAUCCACAUCUGGACAUCUGCCAUCAAGAUCGACCCAACCUGCUUCUCUUCCCGUGUUAAAACUGUGAUUGCCCAGAUGCAGGACUUGAUCGACAAAUACCCUCUCAUGGAUCCAGAAGAUCUAAAAGUGCAAGAGAUCAUGGAUAGCCUCAGGCUCAAGUUCAAGAUGCUUUCUUCUUCACUGCAUGUCAAGCUCAACUAUAAUGGCUAUCCAGCUGAGGCCAACGACACUCAGUUUUGAACCAGACUUUGCCUUUUACUCUGUUUCCAUUUUAAAGGGGAAAAAAAAAAUUAGGGUUGUGAUAUAGGAUGGAUUAUAAAGUUGGAUAUGUAAGUUGGAAAGAGUAGAUUCUACAAGCUUUCCACUUUUAAUUUUGCCAUAUAACUACUAGGUAACUGCGACAAAGAGUUCAUUAACCAAACUUGAGCUCAAAUUAAGUUGAAAGCUUAUUCUAAAUAC